AGGCAUAGGGACAGUGGCUGACACGCGAGCCAGCCCAGCCGCACCGCGCCAUGGAAAAGGGCAGAAGAGGGCCAAUCCAUGCCAUGGUGGCGCGCGCGCCUCACGCGAGUAGAUGAGCUGUGGCCGCCUGUUGUUGGAGCAGCAGCAGCAAACAAGGGGGAAAGCCCUCUGUCCGUGGGGAUUGCCAUCGGUUUCGUGGCUUGGCAGCCACCGCCACCGCCCUCUCUCUUUCCCAUUCUUUAUCUUCUCCGAGGCGAGGGAGUCUAGUGCCCAUCUCACAUUGUCACACAGCUGGGCUGCCAGGGAAGGAAGAGAAGUGAAGAGAGAAGGCAGGCAGGAUGCCCCACAGCCGCUUCUCGGGGUCGCUCCGCUCGCCCAAGAUCGACGUCGUCAUCGACAUGGGGAACCCCUUCCUCAACCGCACCGUCGACGGCUUCCUCAAGAUCGGCGCGGUCGGCGCUUGCAAGGUGGCCGCCGAGGAGACCUUCGAGUGCCUCCACAGAGGGGAUGUUUCAAAGCACAAGCUUGAACAUGCGGCCCUGCUGGUUAGAGGAUUCUACACUUCAACUUCCUAAAUGUUUUUAAUAAGGAUGCUCUUACAUUAUCACCCAUGGAUAAUGAUUUACUUGAUAUUCCAAAAGCACAUGUAAUUUUGCUUUUUUUUAAAAAAAAUCAUGUAAUGAGUACUGCAGAUCUCUAGCUAUAGUCUCAAUUCAGUACAUUGUCAUUUGCGGCUCCUCAGGAUAGAAAUGUAGAAUCAAAUCCAUAUGUCUCUUUUGCUUAUUGCUACAUGCUUGUGGUUCUGUUGGUUUA